AUGAGUUGGGAAAAGCUAUGUCGCCCUAAAUAUGAAGGUGGAAUGGGAUUUCGAGAUUUUCAAGGUUUCAACAUUGCUCUCCUUGGAAGGCAAGUUUGGAAUCUUUUGAAGAAACCUGACUCACUGGUAGCCAGAGUCCUAAAGGCACGUUACCAUCCACAUUGUGAUAUUCUGGAAGCAACUGUGGGUUCUAACCCAAGCUAUAUAUGGAGAAGCCUUAUGCAGGCUCAAUCUCUGGUGAAAGAAGGUACGAGUUGGAGAGUGGGGAAUGGGGAGAGCAUUAGAAUUUGGUGGGAUCGUAGGAUCCCAGAAGCAAGAGAUUUCAAAGUCCAAUCUCAAGCGACAGGGCUGGGAAUCACAGAGAAGGUGUCUAGUUUGAUUGAUUGGGAAACAAGGUCAUGGAAGAGUAACACACUGCAGACUCACUUCCAACCAAACGACAGAGCCCGAAUCGAACAGAUCCCUAUACCAUCCCAACCUAAGCCUGAUAUUCAGAUUUGGGGAAGAGAUAAAACUGGUAAAUACUCAGUUAGAUAUGGUUACAAGGAAUGGAGAAAGAGACAAGUGUCGAACCAAGUGGAAAACUAUGUCCCUGUAGAAUGGAAGAAACUUUGGAUGCUGGAAUUGCCACCUAAAGUGCGUCUCUUUGUAUGGAGGUGGGGCAGCAAUAUACUACCAACAGGGGUGAAUCUAAGUCACACAAUCAAAGAGGCUCAUGAUGAAUGUCCUUUUUGUGGGCUGCUUGAAACCUAA